UUGGAGCUUGCGCUACAAAACUACUCCCGGUAGUGACGUCAACAAAUGAGGGCGGUACCGCAGAAGAUUUUCAUGUAAGGAAAAAAAUCACAACAGCCAAAAUGUUUUCUGACUUGGAUUACGACCUUGAGGAAGAUAAGCUAGGGAUUCCCACAGUUCCAGGGACAGUGACAUUGAAGAAGGAUCCUCAGAAUGUGAUAGGAAUUAGUAUAGGAGGAGGUGCUCAGCACUGCCCCUGCCUUUAUAUUGUACAGGUGUUUGACAACACCCCGGCUGCAGUUGAUGGCACCAUUGCAGCGGGUGAUGAAAUCACAGGGGUAAACGGGAAAUCUGUUAAAGGCAAAACCAAAGUUGAAGUGGCCAAAAUGAUUCAGAAUGUAAAGGCGGAGGUGACAAUUCACUAUAACAAACUUCAAGCUGAUCCUAAGCAGGGAAAGUCGCUCGAUAUUGUCCUAAAGAAAGUGAAGCAUCGAUUAGUGGAGAACAUGAGCUCAGGCACUGCAGAUGCUCUGGGGUUAAGCCGCGCCAUCCUAUGUAACGAUGGUUUGGUAAAAAAACUCGAGGAGCUGGAGAAGACAGCAGAGUUUUAUAGAGGUAUGAUGGAUCACACCAAGCGCUUACUGAGAGCAUUUUUUGAACUUUCCCAGACACACAGAGCUUUUGGAGAUGUGUUCUCGGUGAUUGGAGUCCGUGAACCGCAGCCUGCAGCCAGCGAAGCAUUUGUGAAAUUUGCGGAUGCCCAUCGAAGUAUCGAAAAGUUUGGGAUUGGUCUUCUAAAAACCAUAAAGCCGAUGCUCAGUGAUUUAAACACCUACCUGAAUAAAGCGAUUCCUGACACAAAGCUGACCAUACGCAAAUACCUGGAUGUGAAGUUUGAGUAUUUGUCCUACUGCCUGAAAGUGAAGGAGAUGGAUGACGAGGAAUACAGCAGCAUAGCACUAGGGGAACCUUUGUAUCGGGUCAGUACCGGAAAUUAUGAGUACCGACUAAUUUUACGUUGUCGUCAAGAAGCACGUUCACGCUUUGCAAAGAUGAGAAAAGAUGUCUUAGAGAAAAUUGAGCUCCUUGACCAAAAACACGUGCAAGACAUUGUGUUCCAGCUGCAGCGAUUUGUUUCUGCUAUGUCUCGAUAUAAUGACCAGUGCUACGCAGUCCUGAAGGAAGCUGACAUCUUUCCUAUUGAGGUGGACCUUGCACGGACAACGCUUACCUAUGGACAGGGCGAGCUCUUCACAGACGGAGCUGAGGAGGACGAUGAACAGUUGGAGAGGAGAGAUAAUGUUGAGAAUGGAGAGAAACUUAUUGAUGAUGCUUAAGUAUAGGGGAGCCUAUGCAUUGCUCUUGGUGACAAUAUGAGCAGGUUUAGGACACUGAGGGGCUUCUUUCAAAUAAAGAGUUUGGUUAUUUAUCUUCCAUACUGGCUGCCACUGACUUGAAAUGGGCAAAUUGUUCUCAGGGCUAGACGACUUGCAAGUGGUUAUCUCUGUGUGGGCUGGAAGAGGUAGCAAAUGUUUAAGGGAGGUAAAGUGUGGUCAGUGAAUGUUGUAAUAACAAAACCGUUCAUGCGCUUACACCCGGCCGCCCUAUUACACGCAGUGGGGAACAGCACGAAUAUUAAACGGACUGUAACAUUUCUUUCUGUUCAAAGUGUUCCAAAUUGCUUUUUUUUUUUCUUCAAAUUCUUUUUAUUGAGAAGUCACAGGUUGACAUAAAAGCAAAAUAAACAGAUUACAGCAAGAAGUUUUAUCUUACAGGAUAGUAACGGGUGUUAAGAGCAGACUGUUAUUAAUUAGUGUCACUAACCCUAAAACUGAUCUGCUGACAGAGAAGCGAUACUUCAAAUCACAAGUGUUCCUCAGAAUUAAUGAUCCAUAUUAUUAAACAUAAAACUUAAAUCA